AUGGCGUUGUAUAAGUACAUCAUCAAGAACGUGGCGCGCGAAAACAACCUCGUUGCUACUUUCAUGCCGAAACCGCUCUUCCAAGACAACGGCUCCGGAAUGCACGUCCACCAAAGUCUCUGGAAAGACGGCAAGAACAUCUUCUACGAUCCACAGGGAUAUUCGCUUCUCAGUGAGGAUGCACUCUAUUACAUCGGCGGCUUGCUCGCACAUGCCCGCUCGCUCUGUGCAAUCAUUGCUCCAACUACCAACUCUUACAAACGGUUGGUCCCAGGGUAUGAAGCACCCGUGAACAUCGCCUACUCGCAACGUAACCGUAGCGCAUGUGUCCGUAUUCCCGUCUACUCAAAGAGUGAGAAGGCGAAACGGAUCGAAUUCCGACCACCGGAUCCAGCCUGUAAUUCUUACCUCGCCUUUAGCGCAUUGCUCCUGGCAGGGCUUGACGGUAUACAGAACCGCAUCCAUCCGGGCGACCCAUUGGACAGAGAUCUCUAUGACCUCGAACCGGAAGAACUCGCGGACAUCGAGUCCACUCCAGCGUCCCUCGGUGAUGCCUUGGAUGCCUUAGAGGAAGACCACGAAUAUCUCCUCAAGGGCGACGUGUUCACCCAAGAUGUCUUGGACACCUGGAUUGAUUACAAACGUGAAAAUGAGGUCGAUGCAGUCAACAUACGACCACAUCCGUACGAAUUCUACCUCUAUCACGACAUUUAG